GUGGCGGUGCAAUCUGGGCCGCGCUCGGAGCUCGGAGUCCGCAGCGCUGCAUCGCCGCCGCCACCGCUGUCCUCAAAGUCCCCGCCGCUGACCGACCCCGCGGCCGGCUCGGGGCGCUCUUGUCCGCUGCGUGUUGACUGAUCUCACUGUGGGCCCUCCGCCAUGGCCACCAAGAUCGACAAAGAGGCUUGCAGGACCGCGUACAAUCUGGUGCGCGACGACGGCUCGGCCGUCAUCUGGGUGACUUUUAAAUACGACGGCUCCACCAUCGUCCCCGGCGAGCAGGGAGCGGAGUAUCAGGACUUCAUCCAACAGUGCACAGAUGAUGUCCGAUUGUUUGCCUUUGUGCGCUUCACCACUGGGGAUGCCAUGAGCAAGAGGUCCAAGUUCGCCCUCAUCACAUGGAUCGGCGAGAACGUGAGCGGGCUGCAGCGAGCCAAAACCGGCACUGACAAGAGCCUGGUCAAGGAGGUGGUGCAGAAUUUCGCUAAAGAGUUUGUGAUUAGCGACCGUAAGGAGCUGGAUGAAGAUUUCAUCAAGACCGAGCUCAAGAAGGCAGGGGGAGCCAAUUAUGAUGCCCAGACGGAGUAGCCCCCGCCACCCCCUGCCCCUUGCCAAAGUCAUCUGCCGCUCCUCGGAGGAGGGGACUGCCGCUUCGGCUACCAGCCUACCAGGGAGAGGAGACACACAAGAGGCCAUAUCGUCACUCCAUCUGCAGCCCACCCCCUUCCCCGAGCCUCCCCACCACCCACCCUCCCAAGCCCUGUUCUGUCCCAUCUCAUGAAGCUCAUGGAACAUCUCUCAUCUUUUUGUUCUUUUUCAUUCUAAGGAAAAAUCAUUUGGAUGCCAAGGCCCUGCCUAUCAUCACUUCUAGGGGCCUCCUGCAGUGUCCCCCCCUUUUUCUCAGCAUCUCUCUUGUACACCACCCAGCCCAUACAUAGGUCACCCACCUCCACCUCAUAUUGCUUCAGAACCAGCGCAGGCCUCUAGUUUCUUUGUUGUACCUGUGAUGGUGCCAGGGGGUGCCCAAGACUGCUGCCUUCAAAGCACACACACACACACAUACACACACACACACACACACACACACACAC